CAGGAGAUAAAUAAUCGUUUAAAAGAAGCACUCAUCUUAGCUCCUCCUCAAUGAAAAAGAAUUAAAAAAUAAUGAAAAAGGUAGACAUAGUACAUUGGCUGGGAGAAAGAUUUACUUAAGAUUUGUGAAGUAAAAAUGGAGGAAUCCAACAGUUACAGAUCUAGUGACAUGAGAUAUGAGAGGAAUAGAUUAUCAACAUUUAAAGAUUUCCCAUGUUCUCAGUCGGUCAGUACCCUCCGCUUAGCACAGUCUGGGUUUUACUUUACUGGACGUGGUACUACUUGUCAAUGUCAUUUCUGUGAUUUUGUACAUUGUAACUGGACUAAUGGACUUAUACCCUCCCACUGUGAGCAGAGAAGCUCAAACAUCCCCAUUUGUAUACCUACACCACUAACAGUAUCUUUAGAGAUAGAUAAUGUAUUGCAAUCACUUCAGACAUCUUCUACAGUGUUCAGAUUUGAAGAAAAUAGAAGUAGGGUGUAUGAAUUUUUAAGACUGCCACCAGUUAGUGAAAAUGACUCCCAAUUUCAAAUAUCAUCGACCACAGAGAAUAUCCUCCCACAUCAAGAGACUCCUGGUUCUAUACCACAUAGUGCAGGAGACACUGCUUCUGUAGACAGUAAAAAAGAUUUUGAAUUCUGCACGUCCACGUCCUCUGGGCAGAAAUGCUCUCGUUAUUUGUCACCUAGAAGCAGUAGUUGUCGACCUGUUAGAAGAAGUGUCCAGUCCCCCAGUGAUAGCUCUAGUGGAACAGAAAGUGCAGAAUCAAUGUGUCCCUCAGGAUCAAGACACUCUUCUUCAGAGAGAGAAAGAAAUUUCUCCCUUCCAGGUGCACAUCUUCAAAUAAGCAGAGCUGUGAGGAACUCAUCAGGAAUUCCGCAGACCUACAGAGAACGAUUCUCUACUUUCCGCAACUGGCCUGUCCAAUUACAUCAAACACCUGAGAGAAUGGCAUUGGCUGGUAUGUUCUAUUUAGGUUACAGCGAUGCUGUCCAGUGUUCAUUCUGUGGUGGACAAUUAAGAAACUGGCAAGUGACAGAAGACCCUAGGUCUAAACAUGCACAGGAGUUCCCAAACUGUAGAUUGGUCAGGCAGCAUCAUUCAGAGCCACCUAACCCUGAAGGAGAGGGAAUACAAGGAAAUGGCAUAUUGUCUGAUGAGCAAAUAGCUAGUCUACCAGCCGCAAGGGAAACUCGAGACCUCUCAUUCGAUCAACAAGACAUUGUACAUGCAUGUAGAGAGCUUAGUAACACCCUUGAUUUACGAGAUAUCACAACAGUCAACAUUUUGAAGUACUUCUACGAGGAAAGUGAUACUCAGGAAGAAAGAUUCUCUGCUGAUGACCGUUGCCUGUGUUGUGUUUGUUUUGUCCAAGAUGUAAAGGUAUUGUUCCUGCCUUGUCGUCAUGGAUGUUGUAACGACUGCAGAUGUUCACGCCAACUUGAUUAUUGUCCUCGCUGUGAUAGUUUAAUUAAAUCGAAACUUAAGGUUUAUAUUUAAUUUAAAAAGUAGUUUGUAUUCAAAUUUAUAAAGUUAAUUAACAUACUUACGUAAACCAUGUUCCUCUUCUAACAGUCAAAUAUUGAAUUAUAUUUCAUUGAGGUUUAGGGAUUAACGUUGGAAAUGCAGCUCCUUCAGACUAAAGUUUCUGCCUCAUCCUUAGAUUAUCCCCCAUUUUGUUGUUCGGUGUAUUCUGAAUAAAUUCAUAGAGUACAUUAGCAAGUAUACACUAUUUAGGAAACGCGGUUGGCUCCAAUGCUGGACACAAUGUGGGGAAUGUGUUUGACUAUAAUACUGGUCAUUUGUGUACAUGUCUUUUCUAGACAAAGGGUUAUUUUUGUUAAAAGACCCAUUUUUAAUGCAUGUGUGUGUGUUUGAUAUGUGUAGUUGUGUGUGUUGAAAGUUAUAUUGUUAUUUGUAAGUAAAUGAGUAUGUACAUAUAUCACUAUGGUUUAAUUUUGUAAUAUUAAUCCCAUGAUUUUAUUGUUCAUAUUAUAUUUUUAUCUAGGUACAGUAGUACAUGUAUGACUAUAACUAAAGUUUACUUAAGUUACUAUGUUUGAGUAUUUGUUAAUGCUAUCAAACAAAUUACUGGUAUUAAUGAAUUUCAAAUAUUGAAGUAACUCUCUAUAUAUAAUAUCUUUACAAAAUCAUGGUACAUAGUCUUCAUUGGAAUACUCAACAAGAAUGGACUAUUUCAAUAAACGUACUUAAUUAUGUCUUACUUGAUUUCAAUAUUCUUUUCAGCAUCAAAUAAAUAGUUCUCAAUGAUUCAGUGAUUGUUUUAAAUCAAAGCAAGUUUUUGUUAUUUAAUUACAAAUGACAAAAAUGAAAGUUUUGAUUUUUCAGCAUAUCUAAUGUCAAAGUAAAUAAAAAUUAAGGAAUUCUAUUUUAAAUCAUUGUGAAUAUAAUUUUGUGUGUAGUUCUUAGUGAAAAGAGCGAUAACUCAAUCAUUUUCAAUGGUAUGAGAUAUCAGACUAUAUGUUUCAUUAUAAAAGUUACAUUUGAAUGUUUUUUAACAUGUAUAGCGCAUGUAAAAAUAGACUUAAUGCUAUAACAAUAACUAAAAAAGAAAAACUAAAAAAAGAAAAAGAGGAAUUUAUGUUCAGUAUGACUAACAACUUAGUCUUUGUACAGUAGUAAUUAAUUGAACAAAAUUUUGCAAUGAUUAAACAUGCUUAUUGUUAUA